AUGGCAGAGGAGAGGACCGAGCGGCAGAGUUUUCAUUCCGCUGCACAAAUUCCCUUCAUUUCUCUCCCUCGCGGCUGGGGGUGUUCAUUUGCCCAGGACUGGGUGCCUCGGCGCCCCAAAGUGAAGGCAUGUCCGUGGGGAGAAGCACGGAGACGAGAGGGAAAAAAAAAAAAAAGCCCCGCAGUUAUUUCCCCCGUAGUUUCACGACAUCGAAGAAAUAUCCAGGUCUGGGGGAAAACAUAUCCAGGGUGCCGACGGGUGGGCAGCGGGGAUUCGAGGGGCGCCGAGGGCAGCGGGGAUUCGAGGGGCGCCGAGGAUCAGAACAAGUUCCUGACUGCCGGGAAGGGCGAAGCCGGACGGCCGGUGGCGGCGCCGGGCGACCCGAGGCGCAUCGCCUGUGCUCCGAAGGGGCAAGAAUCCUUUUAA